CAUUUAUUUUAGCCACAGGGAAAAGGAUGAGUGGCUGAAACGAUGUCGUUUGGGGCCGCUAUAUGAACCUCCACCUCCACCGCUCUGUAGUUUUUAUCCACGUAAUCGAUGGAGGUGCAUAUUUUGACGGUGAAAGUGGUUUCAAUUUCAUCAACCAAGGAAGGACAGGCGACUAUACGUCGUCGCAGAGCGUUGGUGAGGUUGGACAGAGAAUUGGACAAGGGGAAUUGCAAGGCCGCGUUAUCUCUCAUGAAGCACUUCAAGGCUCAUCCUGCCGGCUUUAUCCGGGGCUUCGGUGCCGCCGCUGCCCCAAAGGUCUCUGGAAGAGUAUCUUCUUCUGGGUUAGCUGGGAGGAGUGGAAAAUCAUCUCUGCAGUUAGUAAUUGAUGCAAUCCUUCAAUCCCUGAAGCGUAGUCUAGAAUUUCAAUUGGAGGAGCAAGAAGCAGAAAUCUUGCCAAACGAUAUUAGAAAAAUUACUGAUGCAGAAAGUUGUGAAUCUGUAUAUGAAGAUCGUCUGAUGUGCUUGCAACAUGAAGCUGGUCACUUUCUAGUUGGAUAUAUGCUUGGGGUCUUGCCUAGAAGAUACAAGGUACCGAGCAUGGAGGAUCUAUUGCAGGACAAGUUUGCUUGUGGGAAGGUGGAAUUUAUUGGCUUUGAAUUUCUUAGGGAAGUUGGUAUUGAUCCCAUGUCAAAUAGAACCUUCUCCAAAGGGAAGCUUAAUAAAGAGGCUCUCAAAGUAUUUUCAUGUGUGAUACUUGGUGGCAUGGCAGCAGAACACCUGCUAUUUGGAUACUCGGAGUUACUGCACUCGGAUGUUGAGAAGUUUGCUAGAGUGCAUAGGUGGCUGGGUUUCACAGCGGAUGAGGUUGAUUUUGCACAAAGGCAGGCUGCAGAAGCUACGGUCAUAAUAUUGUCUUCUCAAAUGGAAGCUCUAUCUAGGCUGGCUGAGGCCAUGGCUUUGGGUGGAUCAGUUGGUUUUUGCAUCGAGACAAUUGAGCAUACAUUAAGCUUGAACAAUAACCUGUGAAACUUGGGAUAUUUUCAGUUAGCAUCCCUUCCACAUCGAGACUUCACGUAAAUUAUCUGUUCAUUUUUUAGUUUUUGUCAUUGGAUUUUAUGUGCAGAAUUGUAGUGGUAAAAUCUUCACUCCAUAUCAAUUCACUAAUGUUCAUCAUCAA